AUGAAUUCUUUCAGGGGGUCAAUUCCCCGGAUCUCCGCUUUACUUCGCAAGAAACCGUUCCCCAUCCCUUCUCCUGGCCCACAUUUACCGCCCGACAUACUCAUUGAUGAAGAGAUCUCGCCCGUAUACAAUUCCAAGCACUUCUAUCCAGUGAAGCCAGGAGAGGUUCUCGCCGAUCGCUACCAAACCCUGAUCAAGGUUGGCUGGGGCGUAUCCUCAACAGUAUGGCUGGCGCGUGACUUGCAAGUGCAUAUCGAAGAGCCAGAGAAUAUUGUGACAAUAAAAAUCGCCAAUAAAAAUGCAAAUCUUACUGGUCAUGAGCGCGAUGUUGAAGAGCACAUUUCUACAGCAGACCCAUCACAUCGCGGACGAUCAGUCUAUCAAUCCCGUAGUGAUUUUGGACCUCUCAAAGGGCUUCAAAGCAUACCAAAGCUCGUGGAUUUUGGCCUGGCGACCAGACUCCCAGAAAACGACGACUGGGGUGUCUGGCCUAUUCAGCCAGAUCCUUAUCGGGCACCAGAGGUGAUACUGGGCAAUAGAUGGCAAAUGGAAGCGGAUAUUUGGAAUUUUGGUGUUCUGAUGUGGGAUAUGAUAGCAGGCAAGGAGCUCUUUCAGCAUUUUUAUGAUCAAGAAGGUCGCUACGAUCCUAAACUGCACAUUGCUGAAAUGAUAGCCUUACUUGGAAACCCUCCUCCCGAGAUCAGAAAAAGGUAUCAUGUCAUGCGAGAGUACCCUUGGCCACACCCUGUCACACGAGAAGAUGGCACAGUAUGCGAGACUGCGGAAGAGGUUUUCUGCGGGCCGUUCUUUGAUAGUAAUGAUGAUGCGGUUCCCUUCCUUGAGGGAGAAGAGAAGGAAUUGUUUCUGGAUCUUGCUAGAGGAAUGCUUGUAUGGCAUUCUCAAUUUACAAAAACGGCAGGCGAUCUGGCGGAGCAUCCAUUUCUUAAGCUGAACCGCACCUGCACCUGA